AUGUCGCGCCGUCUGGUUCUUCCUCGCUCGAACUCUCACGUCGGCGAAUUCCAGAGCCGAAAUGGCUACGCCAUGUGCCAGUCGGUCCGCACUCGAUGCCUGCUUCCAGGCCUCCAGGCAGAAGAACUUACGGCAAAUCGCGCGGUCAUAAGUGAGUAUCACUUGGAGUACACGCUGGCCACCUCGACACCAACCGUGCUCGUCUGCCGAGCACCAAGAGGAGAAGACCGAAAUAACCGCUUCGCCCAUCGUUUUUCUUCCGAAGACCUUGUGGGCCUAUUUUUUGGCGGUCGAGAAUUUCCAGCCGACUGUUCCCCCACAUGA